AAGCCUCAGUGGAAGGAGCACUCCGCUCUUUCCCCCCGUGAUAUCCCGCCCCCGGGCAGGCUGGGCUGUGGCGCUUGGGGGACGUCAGCAAGGCAGGCUGCGUCCCUUGGACCAAAGCUACAAGCUGCUCUCUGUUCUGCUGCCGCUCGGCACUUGCAGGCAGGGUUCAACUGAUCCGAGUCUUCCUGGAGCACGUUUCUGGUGCCUACCUUCUUAGUCAUGGCUUCUUCUGAUAUUCAGGUGAAGGAGCUGGAAAAGCGUGCCUCUGGGCAGGCAUUUGAGCUGAUACUCAGUCCUCGUUCAAAAGAAGCAGUCCCAGAAUUUCCCCUCUCCCCUCCAAAGAAAAAGGAUCUUUCAUUGGAAGAAAUUAAGAAGAAGUUGGAAGCUGCAGAAGAGAGACGCAAGUCUCAUGAAGCAGAAGUCUUGAAGCAAUUAGCUGAGAAACGAGAGCAUGAAAAAGAAGUGCUUCAGAAAGCAAUUGAAGAAAAUAAUAACUUCAGCAAAAUGGCAGAAGAGAAGCUGACCCACAAAAUGGAAGCUAACAAAGAAAACAGAGAGGCACAAAUGGCUGCUAAACUGGAGCGCUUGAGGGAGAAAGACAAGCAUAUUGAAGAAGUACGGAAGAACAAAGAAGGCAAAGAACCUGGUGAGAAUGAAAGUGACUGACUUCAUUCUGGGAAAUAACUUUCUUCCCCUCCCCUAAAUAUCCAAAGACUGUAUUGGCCAGUGGGUUUUGUUGAAUUUCUAGAAAACUGAUGUAGAGCUGUAUAGUUAGAUCCAAACUGUACACUUGCUUUGGGGACUAAAGGGGAGAUCUUGCGUGUUUCACUUUUUUUCUAAAGUGGUUGUCUUUCCAGUGUAGCUAUCUUCUUGUUGCAUCCUUUUCUACUCCAGUGCACUUGCUACUGGGCUGAUGGCUAGUACUGUAUAAGCUCUGUAAGACAUGUUUGUGAAAGGAAUAUGUAGUAACAAUUCCAUGCUAAGUAUCUGUUACACUUCAAAAUCUGACUUUGUCCCAGUCUUAUAAGAUACUACUGUAACUGAGUGACUUAAUAAAGCUGCACAGUGCUAUUACCAUAA